UUACUUACAAUGAGUACAAAAAGAAUAAGUGUUGAGACAGGCCAACAAACCUCUAAUGAUGGUGACAAGGAUCAAAAAAUUGUCAUCAAUUCACUGGAUUACGACUCAUUAGCAAAAAUCAUUAUGUUGUUGCUUAUACCAGAAAGGAUAGACAUGGAAGAAGUUUGUACGAAAUGGAAAGAAGCAUGUCAACUAGCUUGGUAUGACAUUAAAAAAUACAAAUGUGAAUUAUCAAUUGGACGUUGUUAUGAUAACCGUUUGUUGACACAAUCAUACCUCGAGAAAAUAUUAUUAAGAUGUGGUAGUUAUUUAAAAGUAUUGUCUCUCUCAGAUAUUUGCAAUUCAAGUAUCAUGCCAUUUGUUAGUGAUCACUGUAAAAAUUUAACAAGUCUUGAAUGUGAAUUUGACGUCAAGUCAUUAAUUCAUAAUAGUGAUGACUUUGUUCAAGCAUUUACACAUUUGGAUAAAUUAAAAUGUAUUAAAAUAUUAGUGAACCACCAUAGAGAUUACAAUGAUAAAACAAUUAAACUUGCUUAUUGCAAUAUAGUACUGGCAGGUAUUGAUGAUGACCUUUCUUCUCCAUCUGUUUUCAAAGAGUUAUCAAAAUUACAAUAUCUUGAACAUCUAAACUUGAGUAGUUCAGAAAAUGUUAAAGAUAGUACAAUUAUUGCUAUCGCUAAUAAUUGUAAAAACCUAAAAAGUUUAGAAAUCCAACGUUGCACAGAUAUUACUGAAACAGGUCUCGAUGCUUUAACAAACUUGAAAAAUUUAGAAAAACUAAAAGUAGGCUUUGGUCAUAUUUCAGACAGCUUCAUUAUCAGGUUGAGAGGAUUAAAAGAAUUGGAUUGUUGUUAUUGCCGUGAACUCACUGAUGCUGAAAUUCCUCGUUGUCCUAUAGUACUAUCUUCCAAUGAUUACUUAUUUAAUUAUUCAUCUGUUCUUGAUGAGUUAUCAAAAUUGCAAUGUCUUGAACGUCUGAACUUGUGUUUUGCAAAAGGUCUUAAAGACAGUACAAUUACUGCUAUCGCUAAUAAUUGUAAAAACCUAAAAUGUUUAGAAAUCCAAGGUUGCAGAGGUCUUACUGAGACAGCUCUCGUUGCUUUAACAAACGUAAAAAAAUUACAAAAACUUAAUUUGACAGAGUUGGAAAAUCUUGAAUAUUUAAUACUUGAUGUACUUAAGCUCCAGAAGGAAUCAAUAAUCGCAAUUUCAAACAAUUGUAAAAAACUUAAACGUUUAGAAAUUCCUCGUUGUUCUAUAGUACUAUCUUCCAAUGAUUACUUAUUUAAUUAUUCAUCUGUUCUUGAUGAGUUAUCAAAAUUGCAAUGUCUUGAACGUCUGAACUUGUGUUUUGCAAAAGGUCUUAAAGACAGUACAAUUACUGCUAUCGCUAAUAAUUGUAAAAACCUAAAAUGUUUAGAAAUCCAAGGUAGCAGAAGUCUUACUGAGACAGCUCUCGUUGCUUUAACAAACAUGAAAAAAUUACAAAAACUUAAUAGUUUUGAAAAAUUUAAAAACCUUCAAGAAUUGACAUUGCAUGCCUGCCGUUUUCUAGACAGUAGAAUUCUUCCAGAAAUAGCAGAAAAAACUACACUUGUUCAUCUAAACUUUCGAAUAUAUGAUGAAGACCACGGGUUUCCUCUAUUUGAUAAACUCGUUAAUCUGGAAUAUAUCGACCUGACGAUGAACAUGCUUGGAUAUAUAUGCUUAAAUGCAAAUGACUUCUCUACAAAAGUACUUGAGACUAUUUUUUGUACAUGCAAAAGUCUCAAACAUCUUGAUAUUCCAGCUGGUCCUUAUGAUGUAGCUGAAAUCCCUCUUAAAAAAUGGAUAAACUUUCAAAACUUACAACAUCUUGGUAUUGUUUGUAAUAUGAAGCCUGACUUAGCAAAUACAAUUGUUAAAUAUUGCAAGAAUUUGAAAUACUUGAGAAUACAUAAUCGUAAUAUCUCUAUGAAUACCGCUUUAAAAAAGUUGACAGAGUUGGAAAAUCUUGAAUGUUUAAUGUUUUCUGUAGUUGAGCUUCAUGAGGAACCGAUAAUCGCAAUUUCAAACAAUUGUAAAAAACUUAAACGUUUAGAAAUUCUUGGUUGUGAUAUAGUACCAUCUAUUGAUGGUGAGCCACUUUCUUUUCCAUCUGUUCUUGAUAAGUUAUCAAAAUUACAAUGUCUUGAACAUCUAAAUUUGUGUUAUGCAAAAAAUCUUGAAGAUAGUACAAUUAUUGCUAUUGCUAAUAAUUGUAAAAAUCUAAAAAGUUUAGAAAUCCGAGGUUGCACGGGUCUUACUGAAGCAGCUCUCGUCGGCAUAACAAACUUAAAAAAUUUACAAAAACUAGAUCUUCAUAAGGAAUCAAUAACUGUAAUUGCAAACACUUGUAAAAAACUUAAACGUUUAGAAAUGCCUUGUUGUUAUAUAUUACCAUUUAUUAAUCGUGACUCUCGAUCUAUUCUUGAUGAGAUAUCAAAAUUGCAAUAUCUUGAACAUCUAAGAUUCUCUGCAAAUCUUAGAGAUAGUACAAUUAUUGCUAUUGCUAAUAAUUGUAAGUACCUGAAUAGUUUAGAAAUCCAACGUUGCACAGGUAUUACUAAAAGAGGUCUAAAUGUUUUAACAAAAUUAAAAAAUUUACAAAAACUAAAUGUAAGUUUUCUUGAUAUAAUUACUGACAGCUUCAUUAUUAAAUUAAAAGGAUUAAAAGAAUUUAAAUGUAAUAGUUGCAAGAAACUUACUGAUGCUGGUAUUAUUCAAUUUAUAAAAAAUAAUCGAGAUCUUCAAUUACUUGAUGCAACUAAAUAUCGUACAAAUGAUAUUAUUUUAUACAUAAAAAUAUUUAAUCCUUCAAUACGACAAUCUUCCAAGUCAAUAAUUAAAUCUCAAUGGUUAGUCGUUGAACGUACAUAA